AUGUUGGCUCAGCUGACCUCACGAGAGUGUCUCGAAAGAGCUAUCAUUGAGACGAACAACGACAUUAACACUAUAUAUUUUCCAUUCUCAAUUCGUGGAUAUCUGGAUGACAGCUUCCCCGAAUCUCCUAUCCGGGUUUUUGUGUAUCCAGCAAGAGGACCACGAAAGUAUUGGUUCAUGAUAAAGGAUAAUGAACACAUAAAGCCAUAUUGUAUGCUUGCUCAGACAGCCGGAACUACAUUAGAACGGAGGGAAUUCUAUGAUUGCGUCAGGGAAUUCAGAGUACGAGCGUUUGGUGCACUGGACAGUAAUCGAGCGCAUCUGGUGAUUGGCAAAGAAGAGCUCGUCAAAUCUUACACCUGUCUGAUGAGGAACGUCGUUUGCGAUCUUAAAGAGAAUAAUCUCAAUUUGGAGCUAUUCUACAUGGGCGAGAAACAGUGUCGACUUGCUCUCAACAACAACAUCACUGAAUCAACGCUACCAGACGGCUACUACUUCGACGAAGUGGACCCAUUAACUGAGGGAGAGCUGAUCAACAACACAUGGCAACACGCUGGAGAAGGAGAUUUGGAGCAGACAAUAGCAAAGUUGGUUCGUUUGCCGUCGAUUUGUGUACGCCAUAACGGUGCUCCUAUUGCAUUCGAAAUGGUGGAUCCAGCUGGAUUCUUCAACAAUCAGUUCGUAUUCCCCGAACAUCGUCGCAAGGGGAUUGGAAGUGCAGUUGAAUCAAAACUUAUUGAAAGAUGCGUGAGGGUAGGUAUAACACCGUUCAAGACUGUCUCUCGAUCAAAUCGAUCUGUACUGGACGCCACCUACAAUUCAUCUCAAUGGACCCAUUGGAAGGAAAACGACCGACCGGUGGUGAUGAUAUUUCAAGAAUGGACAAUUUUGGAGCGAUAA